ACAAUGUGGCGUAUCGUGGAGCGUGGCUGGAACUGUGGCUCAACGCAGCACAGGCCAAGUCGGUCGGACGACAUUUGAACGACUCGACCAAGACGACGAAGGAAAGAUGCGCCCCCUUACAGAGCCCGAGACGCGGGCCCUCUUCAAGAAAUUGGCAAAUUUCGCAGGGCCAUCACUGAAGGAGCUGAUUGCGCCCGUCGACAACUCCCCCGACGCCGACCGCUUCGUCUUCCGCCUGAACCACCGCGACCGCAUCUUCUAUGUGCGCCUGUCCCAUGCCAACCUAGCCUCGUCGAUUUCCCGCGACAAGCUCUUGUCGCUGGGCGUAUGCCUUGGGAAAUUCACCAAGACAGGCAAAGUGCGCCUGCACAUCACCGCCCUCCCCAUCCUCGCAAAAUACGCAAGACACAAGAUAUGGAUCCGGCCCAACGGCGUGAUGCCGUUCCUGUACGGCGGGAACAUCUGCAAGGCGCACGUCGGCCGCUGGCCCGAGAACUGCCCCGAACAUGAGGAGGUCGUGAUCUGCAGCAUGGACGAUAUCCCGCUCGGCUUCGGAGUCACGGCAAGGAGCACCACGGAGAUGAAGUCCCUGGAUCCGACCGCCGUCGUGUGCUUCCGGCAGGCUGAUUGCGGAGAAUACCUGCGCGAUGAAGACACACUCUUUGCUGCUCGGUAGGGAAUCUUGAGGGGAAGAAUGCUCGGAUAGAGGAACCCCCGAAGCUACAGGGUUCGAUGCAAAAUCGGUGGGGAUACAGAGGAAUUGGCGUCGUUAUCUGCAUAAGAAGGGAAGGCUAGAUCCAUCUGGCAAGGGAGGAUCAGGUUGACCGUGAAUCAUGACUUGGCGUACAAGGCGCACUU